CGACCAGAUGUUUGACGUUUUAAGUGAAAUUACUCGGAAAAUUCUGAAUUGAAAAAUAUUGAACGAAUGCUUUGGCUAUAAACCUCGUGUUCACAUUGAGUGGACACAUAUUACCGUUAAGUCGACAGGUUUCUCAAGAUGGCUUCCUUAAGAGGUGAGCCAUUGUCGAAAAAACCCAAGAUAAAUGGGAAGAUCGGCAGCAUCGGUCCAGAUGGUUUGCCCCGUCUGCCUCCAAUAAAACGGCCUUCUGUCAAGCAUGAUCCAUAUGCAGCAAGUCCGUUGAUGAGAUUUAGAUUGGCCGAUCAUAAACAAGCUCUUCUUAUGCAAGUUUUGCACAAAGAUGCAUUGUCAGCAUACGAGGAAACGGCUGAGUACAACCAGAAGCGGGUUGCUACGCCAAAGGAGCCUCAGUAUCCUGCAGAGCUAAUGGCCCCCUCGCGAGCUAAAGUGCUCAACUACCAGUAUAUGAAGAAAUGUGUGCAGCAAAGCCCAAUCAUUCCCAUGCAGCAAGAAUGGUUUGACAACAUCAUUAGCCUUAUUCCACCCAGACUACGACUCACUUCACAACUGAGGGAUGUGAUUCAGGAGCUCUUUGAGGAAGUCUCAACGGACUUUGAGGGGAGCAUGAAAAAGUCCAUUGUCCAGCAUGUACUAGUCAAGCCUGAAGGUCGUGGAAUGGACUCGGAUGAUCCAGGACAACCACCAUCAGAACCAGAGGGACUGGAUUUUUCACGGCCAUGGCAUGAAACAUUUAUAGAAAACCGUGAGUUCAUUCGUGAAAACCUUCACUUGCUUCACCCAUCUCAUCAGACAAUUCUGAACAUGUGCCAGACAACACUGGGAAGCAUGAUUUUGGUGGACUGCUCUGAGUACAGAAGCAAAGGUGCGGCCGAUUUUGAACAGCUGAAAAAUAAUGUAACCUUAGAUUUGGAGAAGAUGGAAGACAAGCUAAUGCAUACAUGGUUUCCAGCUGUAAUAAAUGUUUUUGCUGACAAGAAUGCAUUCUCCACAGCGCAGUCAGAUUCAUUUUUUAACGCUGUUACAACACUGAUCUCAAAUCAGCUGAAAGACCUACUAGUUCGAACAAUCGAAGCCUGGGUAAACCUUUUUGACUCUGAAAACAAAGAGCACCUGCCUAUUCUUAAGAUGGAGCUCACUUUUGAUGAUGAGAAAAUGCAGUUCUACCCUCCAUAUGAAGACCUGGAAGAGACAAUAAUUCACGUUAUGACAGCGAUAACUAAGACGUUGCAGCAGGUGCCAACAGUGCAGUCUUGGCUCAGUGGGGGUAACACUGUCACUUACACAGACGCCAGCAUAGCUGACCACAUUCUGAAACAAGCACACAAGACGUUGAUUGAAGCAGUGAAACGAAACUUUGAAGAACCAUCUGCACAUCUGGACUCGUUUAUGGAAAGAUACGACUGGAUUACUAAUGGGAAAGCUAUGACAGACAUAAGGAAAUUCAUGAGUGAAGAGCACAACUUUAAUGAGUAUUGUGAGUACAUUGAGUCCUUCCGUGGAUUGGCCCGUGAAAUAAUGGGUUUGCCAAGCAUUGAGCAUUUUGACAUGAUACGCCUGGACUGUGAAGACUUGAAGAGAGGACUGGCUGAAGCCUCUAGGGCAAAUGCUGAUGUUCUUCUUAGUGAGGUCUCGCAUAAUCACAGGGUGGAGAAUGAAGCAAUCUGUGAGGAGUUUAAACUGAUUCAAGAAAAGGCACUGCAUGUCCCAGAAACUUCAGAGGAACUCAUGGAAAUGGUUUCCUUUGUGGAGAAGGCACGAACCAUGGGAAUGAUUAAACUGAAUGAAAGAAUCAGGGAAUCCCAGCAGAGGCUGGCCUACCUUAUAGAUGUCUACAUGUUCUCCCCAGAGGACAUUGAACUCAACUGUGAAGUCCUGACAUGGCCCAAACGAAUCAACCCAGUGUUUGAUGAAAAUGAUGAGUUGGUGGAGUCUUCCAAACUGAACAGUGAACGUGCUCUGCUGGAUAAACGAGAAAAAGUAAUCUCAGAACUUGAGAAGAUGCGACAAAGAGUGGAUGAAUUCAAUGACUAUGGGGAGUUGGACAUGAUGCAGCAGUACGUCCAAGAUGUCAGAGCUCUCCAGAAACGAUUGGCCGAUGUACAGGAACAGAUAACAUGGAUAAACAAGGAAGAAGUCUUGUUUAAGUAUCCAUUGUCAACAUAUCCUGAUGUUGACGAAAUUUCCAGCUCAGUGGACCCAUUCUACAGACUUUUCAACGUGGUCCUGAAAUGGCAAAGAGCUGAGAAAAAGUGGUUGGAUGGAGCCUUCAAGGAACUGAAUGCUGAAAACAUUGAGGUGGAAGUAGAUGAGUACUGGAGAGAGGUGUACAAGGUGCAGAAGGUGUUCAACCAGAAGGUGAAAAAGAUGACCAUGGAGAGGGAUGAGCGAGAGCGAGAAAGGAAGAAGAAAAGGAGACAUGCUGAGGAUUCUGAGGAAGCAGAGAAGGAGCCAGAGGAGGAAUUUCAUCCACCAGCUGCUGUGGAGGUCUGCAGAAAUGUUCAGGAUGCAAUGAAAGACUUCAAGGAUAUCAUACCUGUAAUCGGUACAAUGUGUAAUCCAGGAAUUCGAGAUCGCCAUUGGCAGCAGAUGUCUGACAUUGCAGGUUUUGACAUCAAACCAGACUCAGGCACAACACUGCGCAAGGUCUUGAAGCUUGAGCUGGAUCCCUUCAUGAAAGAGUUUGAGACCAUCAGUGGAGCAGCUAGCAAGGAAUUCUCCUUGGAGAAAGCAAUGAUUAAGAUGCGAGAGGAAUGGGAUAUGAUUUCCUUCAACACAACCACUUACCGUGACACUGGCAUUGCCAUCCUGGCUUCAGUGGAUGACAUACAGACCACUCUGGAUGACCAGAUUGUGAAGACGCAGACAAUGAGGGGAUCGCCAUUUAUCAAACCCUUUGAGGAAGAUAUUAAGAAAUGGGAGGAGCAGCUGAUCUACAUUCAGGACACAAUUGAUGAGUGGCUGAAGGUCCAGGCCCAGUGGCUGUACCUGGAACCAAUCUUCUCUUCAGAGGACAUCAACCAACAGAUGCCUGAGGAAGGCAGGCUCUUCCAGAUGGUGGACCGCAACUGGAAAGAUGUCAUGAAACAUACCUCCAGAGACCCAAAGGUUUUGGCAGCCACAAGUCUUCCAGGACUCUUUACAAAGCUGCAGGACAGCAAUGGCCUGCUUGACAAGAUCAACAAAGGACUUAAUGCCUACUUGGAGAAAAAACGACUUUUCUUCCCACGAUUUUUCUUCUUAUCAAAUGAUGAGAUGUUGGAAAUUCUAUCAGAGACAAAGGACCCCACUCGUGUACAGCCUCACUUGAAGAAAUGCUUUGAGGGGAUUGCCAGAUUGGAGUACGAUGACAAGAUGGACAUCCUGGCCAUGUAUAGCAGUGAAAAUGAGAAGAUCGUCUUUAGCCAGGCAGUGUCCACCUCAGAGGCGAGAGGUGCAGUGGAGAAGUGGUUGCUCCAGGUUCAAGAUACCAUGUUGAUGUCCGUGAGGGAUGUCGUCCAACAGGCUGUGGAUGCCUAUCCAAUCACCCCACGCACAACCUGGGUGGUACAGUGGCCUGGACAGGUGGUACUCUGUGCCUCCCAGGCAUACUGGACCAGGGAGGUGCACCAAGCUUUGAAGAUGGGACCCCAGGGCCUGUUUGACUACCACAAACAGCUCCAGAACCAGCUCAGCCAAAUUGUAGAGCUGGUGCGAGGCAAACUCAACAAGCAAACAAGGACAACUCUGGGAUCUCUGGUGGUUGUGGAUGUCCAUGCCAGAGACGUCGUCCUGGAUAUGGCCAAUAAAGGUGUGGCUUCUGAAAAUGACUUUCAGUGGCUGGCUCAGCUCAGGUACUAUUGGGAGGAGGAAAAUAUGCAGGUUAGGAUGACCAACGCUACUGUCAAGUACUGCUACGAGUAUCUGGGAAACACACCAAGGCUGGUAAUAACACCGCUGACAGACAGGUGUUACCGCACAUUGGUGGGAGCAUUCCACCUGAACUUGAAUGGUGCCCCUGAGGGUCCUGCAGGCACAGGGAAGACCGAGACCACCAAAGAUUUGGCCAAAGCCAUUGCUGUGCAGUGUGUUGUCUUCAACUGCUCUGAUGGUCUGGAUUACAUUGCUAUGGGCAAGUUCUUCAAGGGUUUGGCAUCUGCUGGCGCUUGGGCUUGUUUUGACGAGUUUAACCGAAUUGACUUGGAGGUCUUGUCUGUGGUCGCCCAACAGAUCCUCUGUAUCAUUCGAGCUGUACAGGGUCAUGUGGACACUUUUAUGUUUGAGGGAACAGAACUGUCACUCAACCCCAUGUGCUACGUCUGCAUUACAAUGAAUCCUGGGUAUGCUGGGCGCUCUGAGCUGCCAGACAAUCUCAAGGUCCUGUUCCGUACUGUGGCUAUGAUGGUCCCUGAUUAUACCAUGAUUGGAGAAAUCUCACUCUACUCCUAUGGUUUCCUGGAUGCUCGAAACCUGGCCGUCAAGAUCGUGACUGUGUAUCGACUAUGCUCAGAGCAGCUGUCCUCACAGUUUCACUAUGAUUAUGGAAUGAGAGCAGUCAAAGCCGUCCUAUCUGCGGCAGGCAACCUAAAGCUGAAAUUCCCAGAAGAAGACGAGGAUAUUCUGUUGCUGCGCUCAAUCAUUGAUGUAAAUUUGCCCAAGUUUUUGUCACAUGACAUUCCACUGUUUGAUGGAAUCAUCUCCGAUCUUUUCCCUGGAUUGUCACUACCUGAGGCUGACUACAAGACCUUCUUAGAUGUUAUACAGGAGGUUUGCACAAAGCGAAACCUGCAGUUUGUUGACUUCUUCAAGCAGAAGAUCAUCCAGACCUAUGAAAUGAUGAUCGUUAGGCAUGGAUUCAUGUUGGUGGGUGAGCCCUUUGGCAGCAAGACUAAGGUGAUUGAAGUGCUAAGUGAGGGGAUGACCCUGCUACACGAGAGAGGCCAUGAGGAGUACGAGAAGGUCCUAAACCGCAUCAUCAACCCCAAGGCGAUCACUAUGGGUCAGCUCUUUGGCCAGUUUGACCCCGUUUCUCAUGAGUGGACAGAUGGAGUGGUGGCCAACACAUUCCGUGAGUUUGCCUCCACAGACACUCCGGACAGGAAGUGGGUGGUUUUUGAUGGGCCCAUUGACGCAUUGUGGAUCGAGAACAUGAAUACAGUGUUGGACGACAACAAGAAGCUGUGUCUGAUGAGCGGAGAGAUCAUCCAGAUGUCAUCAGUUAUGAGCCUCAUCUUUGAAACCAUGGACUUGUCACAGGCCUCGCCUGCUACUGUUAGUCGCUGUGGCAUGGUCUACCUGGAGCCCACAUCCUUGGGGUGGCGGCCCCUGGUCAGAUCAUGGCUGAACCAGCUCCCUCAGAUCUACCACGGGGAUGGACUGGAGCUCAUUGAGGCCAUGUUUGAGUGGUUACUGGACCCCUGCAUGACCUUCGUAAGAAAGAACUGUCGGGAAUAUGUGUCAGCCGGCCAGGCCAACUGCGUCAAGUCCCUCAUGAACCUGUUUGACAUGCUAAUGCAUGAAGCAAUCAAUAAAGAAGAUGCUGCUCAUAACAAGCACAUUAGAACGUACAUACAGACCUCCAUCAUGUUUGGGAUUGUCUGGUCCAUUGGUGCUAUGGUAGACACAGAUGGACGGGCCAGAUUUGAUGCUUUCUACCGUGAACUUUUGAUGGGAAAGCAUGAGGACAAUCCUGUACCCAAGCAACUGGGUAAAAUGGACUCACCCUUUCCCAGUGAUCAUUUGGUGUACGACUUCAUGUAUGAGCAAAAAGCUCGCGGCCAAUGGAGACACUGGAAUGACCGUAUCAGGGGUGCCGAAAUCAAGACGAAGAAUAUUCGACAAAUGCUUGUUCCAACAAUGGACACAGAACGGUACACUUUUCUGAUGGAUUUGUGUAUUCACCAUGAAAGACCUGCACUGUUUGUGGGACCAACUGGGACAGGUAAAAGUGCCUAUGUUCAAGAAAAGCUGAUGAAUGGUUUACCCAAGGAGAAAUAUCUACCAGCUUUUGUGAAUUUCUCAGCCCAAACCAGUGCCAACCAGACACAGUUCAUCAUCAUGUCCCGUUUGGACAAAAGAAGGAAGGGUGUCUUCGGGCCACAAGUUGGGAAAAAAGCUGUGAUUUUUGUGGACGACUUGAACAUGCCAGCGAAAGAAACAUAUGGAGCACAACCACCAAUAGAGCUACUUCGUCAAUACAUUGACCAUGGAAACUGGUAUGAUCUGAAGGACACCUCCAAGCUUGUUCUCCAGGACAUAUUGUUUAUGGCAGCCAUGGGCCCCCCUGGCGGAGGCCGCAAUGACAUCACACCUCGCUUCAUGAGACACUUUCUCCUGGUGGCCAUGAAUCCGUUCAAUGAUGAAACAAUGGUGAAGAUUUUCUCUACCAUGAUUUCAACGUACAUGAGGGCUGAGGAGUUUCCGACGGAUAUCUUCGGGAUGGGCUCUCAGAUUAUCCAUGCCACACUGGACGUCUAUAAACAAGCUAUGGAAAACCUGCUUCCCACACCAGCCAAGUCCCACUACGUCUUCAAUCUCAGAGACUUCUCCAGGGUCAUACUCGGGGUGUGCCUUAUUAGAAAGGGCGAGGUGGAAAACAAGAGAACAUUGAUUAGACUGUGGGUCCAUGAAGUCAUGCGAGUGUUCUAUGACAGACUUGUAGAUGAUGGUGACACAGCCUGGUUGUUUGGAGUUGUACAGGGGUGUGUAAAAGAACAUUUCAAGGAUAGCUUUGAUGGUGUGUUUGAACACCUUGCAAAUGGAGGAGCAGGUGGCAAGUGUAUGGAGGAGGACUUGCGCAGUUUGCUGUUUGGAGACUACAUGGAGCCAGAUGCCGAGCCAGAGGACCGUGUGUACUCAGAGGUCAAAUCCCUGGAGGGCAUGUACACUGUGGUAGAGCAGUGUCUCGAGGAGUACAACAACACACACAAGACACGCAUGAAUCUCGUCAUUUUCAGAUAUGUGUUGGAACAUUUGUCACGUAUCUGUCGCAUUUUACGUACCCCUGGUGGUAAUGCCCUCCUGGUUGGAGUUGGUGGCAGUGGGCGUCAGUCUCUGACACGUCUGGCAACGGCUAUGGCAGGAUACACAGUAUUUCAGCCUGAAAUCUCUAAAAACUAUGGAAAAACAGAAUGGAGAGAAGAUAUCAAGGCACUGCUGAAGAACACUGGAGCUCAGGGAAAGACAACCUCAUUUCUCAUUUCUGAUACACAAAUCAAGGAAGAGGCAUUCUUGGAGGACAUUGACAGUUUACUAAACACGGGAGAGGUCCCCAACUUAUUUGCCCCAGAUGAGAAAGCAGAGAUUAUGGAGGCUGUUCGACCACUAGCCCAAGCUGGAGAUAAAAAUGCUGACUUCAGCCCUCUGGCCCUUUUUGCAUACUUUGUAAACCGUUGCCGAGAGAACCUCCACAUCUUGAUAGCAUUCAGCCCUAUUGGUGAUGCAUUCAGGAACAGGCUGAGACAGUACCCCUCCCUGAUCAACUGCUGCACUAUCGACUGGUUCCAGCCUUGGCCAAAUGAUGCCCUGGAACGUGUAGCCAAUAAAUACUUGGAGCACAUGGAAGUGGAAGAUGAAGCAAAGCUGGAGACUGUGCACAUUUGCAAAUACUUCCAUCAGAGCUCACGAUCGCUGUCAGAAAGGUAUCUAGCUGAGCUUGGCCGCCAUAACUAUGUCACACCUACUUCUUACUUGGAGCUCAUCAAUGCGUUCAAGACACUGCUGACCAUGAAGCAGGAUGCCACUAUGAAGGCUAAGAGGAGAUACGUCGUUGGUCUGGAAAAACUGGCCUUUGCAGCCUCACAGGUAGCAGACAUGCAGCAGGAGCUGGAGAGUCUCCAGCCUCAGUUGGUUAUCUCUGCAGAGGAGAAUUCGAAAAUGAUGGUUGUGAUAGAGAAGGAGUCUGCAGAGGUAGAGGACACAAGUAAGAAGGUGAAGGAAGACGAGAAAGUGGCCAAUGAGCAGGCUGCUGCAGCCCAAGCACUGAAAGAUGAGUGUGAGGAUGACCUGGCUGAGGCUUUACCUGCCCUUGAGGCUGCUCUCUCUGCUCUAGACACACUCAAGCCCUCCGAUAUUACCAUUGUCAAAUCAAUGAAGAACCCUCCGAGUGGAGUAAAACUGGUGAUGGCUGCUGUCUGUGUGAUGAAGGAUAUAAAGGCAGAGAAGAUCAAUGAUCCAUCUGGUACUGGACAGAAGAUUCUUGACUAUUGGGGCCCAUCUAAGAAACUGUUAGGAGACAUGAACUUUUUGGCUAUGCUGAAGGAAUAUGACAGAGACAACAUUGCACCUCACAUCAUGGCAAAGAUCCGCAAGGAGUAUGUUAGUAAUCCAGAGUUUGAUCCAACAAAGGUAGCUAAGGCUUCGUCAGCUGCUGAAGGGCUGUGCAAAUGGGUAACUGCUAUGGAAAUCUAUGACAGGGUGGCUAAAGUGGUGGCACCCAAGAAAGCUAAGUUGGCUGAGGCUGAGUCAGAGUUGAACACAACCAUGGCCUUACUGAAUGCAAAGCGAGCUGAGUUGGCUGCAGUCGAAAAGCGCCUGGCAGACCUGAAGGCAUCCUUCAAGGAAAUGACUGACAAAAAAGAGCAGUUAGAAUUCCAAGUGGAUCUGUGUGGAAAGAAGCUUGUACGUGCUGAAAAGCUGAUCAAUGGUCUUGGGGGUGAAAAGACAAGGUGGACACAAGCUGCCAAGGAUCUACAGGACAUCUAUGACAAUCUCAUUGGUGAUGUGUUGAUAUCAGCAGGUGUCAUUGCUUACCUGGGUCCCUUUACAGCAGCAUUCAGAGACACAUGCACGAAGGACUGGGUCAACCAAUGUCUGCAAAGGAAAAUUCCAUGCUCCUCAGAUUUCUCUCUAACAAAAACUCUUGGAGAACCCAUAAAAAUCCAAGCCUGGAAUAUUGCGGGCCUUCCUCGUGACAGCUUUUCCAUUGACAACGGUGUCAUUGUUGCCAACUCUAGAAGAUGGCCACUCAUGAUAGAUCCCCAGGGACAGGCCAACAAGUGGAUCAAAAACAUGGAGAAAGAUUUCAGCAUGUCUGUGAUAAAAUUAACCGAUGCUGAUUACAUGCGGAAUCUGGAAAAUGCCAUCACAUUUGGAAAUCCUGUGCUCCUGGAAAAUGUAGGAGAAGAGCUCGAUCCUUCACUUGAACCUCUCUUGCUUAAGCAAACCUUCCGACAAACUGGCGUUGACAUGAUACGACUGGGAGAAAACAUCAUAGAGUAUAGCCAGGACUUCCGCUUCUACAUCACAACCAAGUUGCGCAAUCCCCAUUAUCUCCCAGAGGUGGCGGUAAAAGUGUCUCUGUUAAACUUCAUGAUCACACCUGAGGGUCUGGAGGACCAACUCCUAGGGAUUGUGGUAGCAAAAGAGAAGCCUGAUCUUGAGGAAGAAAGACAAGCCCUUAUUGUAACGAGUGCUGCAAAUGCACGGCAGCUGAAAGAAGUAGAAGACAAGAUCCUCCACACUCUUUCUGCCUCAGAAGGCAACAUCCUUGAAGACGAGUCAGCCAUCCAAAUUCUGGAUUCUUCCAAAGUCCUUGCAGAUGAAAUUUCCAAAAAGCAAAAGAUUGCUGAGGAAACAGAAAAGAAGAUAGAUGCGUCUCGGGCUGGUUAUCGACCAAUAGCAAAGCAUUCCUCCAUUCUUUUCUUCUCUAUUGCUGACUUGCCAAAUAUUGACCCCAUGUAUCAGUAUUCCUUGACAUGGUUUGUCAACCUGUAUGUCAUGUCUAUUCAUGACAGCAACAAGUCAAAGAUAUUGGAGAGGCGUCUUCGCUACUUGUCUGACCAUUUUACUUACAGUCUUUACUGUAAUGUUUGUCGAUCUCUUUUUGAGAAAGACAAACUUCUAUUCUCUUUCAUCCUCUGCUCCAAUAUAAUGUCAGCUAAAGGAGACAUGGACAUGCAGGAGUACAUGUUCUUCCUAACAGGAGGCAUUGGCUUGGAGAAUAAGCUAAUCAACCCUGACAACACCUGGCUCUCUGACAAGAGCUGGGAUGAGAUCUGCCGGCUGUGUGAGUUAAAAGCCUUCAGAAAGUUCAGAGAAAGCUUUGUUGACAACUUGGACCAGUGGAAAGAAUUUUACAACUCAAAGGAGCCUCACAAAGUGGAACUGCCAGACCCAUGGCACACAACGCUUAAUGACUUCCAGCGGAUGAUGGUGCUUCGAGCGAUCCGGCCAGACAAAGUUGUGCCUGCCAUCACUGCAUUUGUCAUGGAAAAGUUGGGAAAGAAGUUUGUGGAACCUCCUCCGUUUGAUCUAGCUAAGAGUUAUGCCGAUUCCAAUUGUUGUGCUCCUCUCAUCUUUGUUCUGUCUCCUGGAGCAGACCCUACCAUGGCACUGCUGAAGUAUGCAGAUGACAAGGGCUUUGGAGGAAACAAGUUUAACUCUAUCUCCCUAGGACAAGGACAGGGUCCUAUUGCUGCAAAGAUGAUAGCCAAGGCGAAAGAGGAAGGCACGUGGGUGAUGCUCCAGAAUUGUCAUUUAGCAGUGUCAUGGAUGACAGCAAUGGAAAAAUUAUGUGAAGAUUUCACACCAGAGAACACCCAUCAGGACUUCCGUCUUUGGCUUACGAGCUACCCAUCUCCUAAGUUCCCUGUGACAGUCCUCCAGAAUGGUGUUAAGAUGACAAAUGAACCUCCAACAGGUCUACGUCAGAACCUGCUUCAGUCCUACCUGAACGAUCCAAUCAGUGACCCAGUUUUUUUCGCAGGAUGCCCCGGCAAAGAACUUCAAUUCCAGAAGCUUCUGUUUGGAUUGUGCUUCUUCCAUGCCCUCACUCAGGAGAGGCGGAAGUUUGGUCCCAUGGGCUGGAACAUUCCCUACGGUUUUAAUGAAUCGGAUCUCCGCAUAUCCGUGCGACAACUGCAGAUGUUCAUCAAUGAAUAUGAUGAUGUUCCAUUUGACGCCAUUUCCUAUAUGACGGGUGAAUGUAACUAUGGAGGCCGUGUGACGGAUGAUUGGGACAGACGCUUGCUCCUGUCUAUUCUGGCAGACUUUUACAAUGAACACAUCAUAGAGGAUCCUAAAUACAAAUUCUCCCCUAGUGGGCUGUACCAUGCUCCACCUAAGGGAGCCUACAAUGACCAUGUGGAGUUUAUAAAGUCUUUGCCUCACAAUCAAACCCCAGAGAUAUUUGGCAUGCAUGAAAAUGUUGACAUCACCCGGGAGCUUCAGGAGACAAAGCUGUUGUUUGACUCUGUGUUGCUGACACAGGGAGGUGGUGGGGGAGGAGGUGGAGGGAAAUCAGAUGACUCCCUCUAUGACAUUGCCUCAGACAUCCUUGCCAAGCUGCCAAAUGACUUUGACAUAGAGCAGGCUAUAAAGCUGUACCCUGUGGUGUAUCAGGAGAGUAUGAAUACUGUCCUGGUUCAGGAGAUGGAGCGGUUUAACCGUCUGAUCCAGAUCAUUCGCACAUCGCUGAAGAACCUGCAGAAGGCUAUCAAAGGUUUGGUGGUCAUGUCCUCUGAUUUGGAAGCUGUCGCCAAUAGUCUCCUUAUUGCCAAGGUGCCAGCCAUGUGGGCAAAGCGAUCCUAUCCCUCACUCAAACCAUUGGGAAGCUACAUCAAUGAUUUUCUGGAGAGGCUCAAGUUCUUACAGGGGUGGUACAGUUCUGGGAAGCCAGCAGUUUUUUGGGUGUCUGGGUUUUUCUUCACUCAGGCAUUUUUGACAGGAGUAAUGCAGAACUAUGCCAGAAAGUUCACCAUUCCGAUUGACAAAUUGGCUUUUGAUUUUGAGGUGUUGCCAAUGGAGACUAGUACCAAACCUCCUGAGGAUGGAGCAUACAUUAAUGGACUCUUCCUGGAUGGAGCAAGAUGGGAUAGAAAGGCUGGAAUGUUAGGAGAGCAGCUGCCUAAGGUCCUAAAUGAACCAAUGCCAAUCAUCUGGCUAAAGCCUGGUCUUAAGGUUGAAAUUGACAAAAUCGCGGGUCGCUACACCUGUCCUGUGUACAAGACCAGCGAGAGAAAGGGAACUCUCUCAACGACAGGUCACUCCACCAACUUUGUGUUGGCCAUGUUCUUACCAACAGACAAACCAACACAACACUGGGUCAAAAGAGCAUGUGCUCUCCUCUGCCAGUUAGAUGACUAAACUUGGAUUUGUGGACAUUCAUUUUUUGCAGCAUAAGCUUAACAAAUGUUUUAAGUUUCACGCACAUGGUUAUAUAUCAGCGAAAGUCUAAAAGGCUCCCAAACUACAGCCAGUAUUGUGAACAUUGUCAGCAUCUGUAACUUGGUCAUUGCAAAAUUAUAGAACAAAAUGAACACUUCGGUGUUACGCAUUACUAUAAAGAAAGUUUGUUCUAUUUUGUGAAUAAAUUCAAGUAUUAAAUAUAGUACUGUAUUCAUAUCGUGCCACACAUUUUUUGGGUGAUUUGACCAUCAGAUUGAGGUUUUAUACAUAUUAAAUUGCAUAUUUUUACCCUUCUAUAUAAUGUAAAUAUUUUAUUACCUAAACUGUUUAAAAUUAAUAUGAAUUUCUUGAAGUUAGUCUUCUGUUUGUAUUUAAUGUGUAUAUGCUUUUGUUUUUUUUUUUUUAAGUUUUUUGCAAUUUGUAAAUAUUAUAUAUAGUUAAUUCAUAUGUGAAAGUCAGCUACUCCGUGGUCUUGCUGGUGUGUGAUACACAUGAUGAAUGUUUGGAGACAUUCAUUAUUUGUUAUUUAUUGAAGAAUUGGGUUUUUAUUUAUGAAGUGCUUUGCAUUUUACAAGCCAUCUGUGAUUUGUUGAACUGUGAUACUUAAGAUUAAUGUUUACUUUUUUUUUAUAUCAGAUACAAUUAAUUUGUAUGCGCAACAUAUAAUUUUUAACUACAUCAGUAUUUUUGCCAUUGAGCUGGCAGUGGAUAUGGAUUAGGGAUCUGAGGGUGGGUAUUAAGGGAGAAAUAUCAUUGUAAAGUGUUGCAGAUUUUUGCUGUUAUAAAUUUGGACCAGUAUGGGCAGAUAUUGUUACUCUGAUUGGGUGUUUGAGUAGUCAUGAGCCUCUCGGAUUCAGUAAUAAGCACCUCAGAAGGAUGGGUCUGAGGGUGGUGACAAAUGGGUGUUUUUUUUUUUUUUCUUUAACCAUGUUACUAUCAAAACUUGUCCAAAAAAAUUGCAAAUAAAAUAGUAAAACUUC